AUGGACGCGUCCGCGGCCGUCUUCAAGAAGCGGCUCGCGCGCGGCUCCGCGGCGCUCUACGUCGGCGGCAUGCUCGAGCUCUUCUCGUCGUCGCGGGACCGCGAGGCCGUCAUCCUGAGCCGGCGCAAGGGCUUCGUCAAGCUCGCGCUGCGGAGCGGCGCGGACCUCGUGCCGUCCUACAUGUUCGGCAACACGACGGUCCUCGAGGCGCUCACGGCGGGGCCCCUGGCGGCGCUGAGCCGCGCGGCGGGCGUCUCCUUCACGCUCUUCUGGGGCCGCUGGGGGCUGCCCCUGCCCCGGCCCGUGAAGCUCGUCUUCGCGCGCGGCCGGCCGCUCGGCCUGCCCCACAUCCCGGAGCCGACCGCCGCGGACGUGGACAAGUACCACGCGCUCUACUGCGCGAAGCUCCUCGAGCUCUUCGACAACUACAAGAAGCACAACCCGGACUACGCGCGCAAGUCCCUCGAGGUCGAGUAG